AUGGCACGUUGGGUGCUCGUUGUUGUGUGCAUCGAGCUCGUGCUUCGCUCAGCUUUUGGCAAAUCGAGCUCUGCAAAAGCCCUCUGCAGAGCUCGGUCACGGCCGCGUAAUCGUGCCACUCCGGCAAAUCCCGGCGGCCAUCGUUUCGCCAGCAAUAUCCACUUGCUCGACGUCGAUGCAUGCGCCUCAUUGCAUGCAUCUCAUGAUGCAGACCGCGUCCUGGGCUCGGCACGCCACAAGCCGCUGAGAUCUCGGCCGCGGGCAGCAUCGACCAACUCGCAGCAGAUGCGUUUUGCAUCUUCUGAAAAAAAUUAUAGCGCUGGCGACGCCGCGGGUGACUACUGCUCACUGAGCAGGCUGCCCGACGACGGGCGCAGCAUGAAUCCUUGGGAUACGUCUUAG